GGGAUAAGGGCCGCCUCUCCGCUUCCCGCGGUCCUGAGUGGCUGGGGCGAAGGCGGGGCGGAACGGGAGGCGGCUCGCUGUCCCAGCCGUCCGCGUCCGGGGCCGCCCGCUUCACUCCCCCCAGCAGCGUCGAAGCGAGCAGCGGGACAGGGAGCGAGGGUCGCCGCGCCGGGGGUGUCUGCCCGCUGCCGCCAGCAUGAUAGCGCUUGAGGUGCCGCCCGCCCCGCAGGACAUGAACUUGAUUGACAUUCUUUGGAGGCAAGAUAUAGACCUUGGGGCAAGACGUGAAGUUUUUGAUUUUAGUCAAAGACAGAAGGAGUAUGAACUCGAAAAGCAGAAGAAACUUGAAAAGGAGAGACAAGAACAGCUCCAAAAAGAGCAAGAAAAAGCUUUACUGGCUCAGCUGCAGCUGGAUGAAGAAACAGGUGAAUUUAUUCCCAUUCAGCCUGCCCAGCACAUUGAGUCAGACAACACAGGCAUGCCAACCAAUUUUUCAAAGACUACAGAUAUUUCAAAACCAGAAGCAGAUGCCUUGUCCUUUGAUGACUGCAUGCAGCUUUUGGCAGAAACAUUCUCAUUUGUAGAUAAUGAGGUUUCUUCGGCUGCAUUUCAAGUGCUGGUACCUGCUCAUAUAGAUAGCGACCCAAUCUUCAUUACUUCUAAUCAGACUCAGCCACCUGAAUCAUCAAUCCUUCAAUCUCCUGUCGCUGAUGUAGAUAAUAUGCAAAACAUAGAGCAAGUUUGGGAAGAAUUACUGUCCAUUCCAGAACUACAGGUAAGGGUUAAUGUAGGCAGCAGCUGAAAGAAUGGCAGAGUAUUCUGGGAGAACAUCUCCAAAGAAUUCAAAACAAUAACAGUGCAGUCAUUCUUAAGGAAUGGUAACAAGCCCAUCAGGCUAGGAGCUGCAGGGUUUUUGUAAAUCAGUGUACAUUGAGCAUCUAAAAUAUAAUUAAUCAAAAGCCAUGUAAGAGGGGAGACUUCAAGAGAGGAGGAUUAUUUACCUAAUACUGUAUGAAAAUAUAUGCUGUCUUCCUGGCCAUAAUGUUUCUAUUUUUAUUGAUUCUUGAGCUGGCUCUGUGUUAAAUACAGAAACCUGUUACUGCACUGUCAUGUUUGAAAUUGUACCUGCAGAAAUGUGAGGAACCUCUAAAUUAUGGUUCCUACAGCAACCAUUAGUCUAUCC